GCCCGCCUCCUGAUUGUCCACAGUCAUUCAGUGUCCUCGUUGCCCCUCGGCCCCCGGUUCCUCUCGUGGACUUGGUUACUUAACGAUGAACUCUCUCAGGCUCAGAGGCAGCAGCUUCAAUGGACAGACAUGUGAUUUAGAAACUUCGGUUACCACAGGAGAUUGGGAGAGGGGGAGGAAGGGGAGGAGUGGAGCCAGCUAGACGAAAUCCUCGGCUUUACUUUUCCCUGACUGCGCGGCUGCCGAGAUGGAGCUCCCCCAGCAGAUGCCUUAAAUCUGAGUCGAGAUUCAUCUGGAGCCUGAGAAGGGGCUGAAAUUGGGGAAGACGGAAGGCAGGGUAAAAGUAUUGUUCCUUUCUCAGGGAGCACAGUGGUAGCUUCCAUUGAGAAGUCUGGCUGAUUCAUACACUGGGUGACUACUGAGCCAAGCGGAGAGAGAAGGAGAAGGGGGCUGCUCGGUGCCAGGUGAUUGGGAGGACCGGCUCCUUAUUUCCCUGGAUUGAUCGGGUGCAUCUGUCUACUUCACUCCCCACUUUUCUCUCUCCUUCACCUGGAUGGGAAGUCAGGCAGAAUGGACAGAAUAUUGCUGGGAUGGAUAGUUCUCUUCUGGGUAACAGCGGUCGCUGAAGGUUUGCAGGUCAUUGUACCCGAAAGGACGAAAAAAGCUAUGCUUUUUCAGCCAAUUGUGCUAAGCUGCCGCUUCAGCACGUCCUCCCAGCAGCCGGCCGUCAUCCAGUGGAAAUUCAAGUCCUACUGCCAGGAUCGAAUGAAGGAAGCCCUGGGCAUGGCCACUGCCGGAGUCCAGCCCCUCAGCAAAAGGAACCUGGAGUGGGACCCCUAUCUGGACUGUGUAGACAGCCGGCGGACAGUGCGAGUUGUAGCCUCGAAGCAAGGCGCUGUGGUCACCCUGGGCGAGUUCUAUCGGGGAAGAGAUAUCACCUUUGGUGAAGGUGCAGAGCUCAAGAUUGGGAAAGUCAUGUGGGGAGACAGCGGCCUCUACUACUGUAUUGUCACCACUCCUGAUGAUGUGGAAGGCAAAAAUGAAGACUCAGUGGAACUCCUUGUGCUGGGCAGGACAGGGUGGCUUGCUGCUCUCUUGCCAAGUUUUGCUGUGAAGAUUAUGUCAGAGUGGGUGUUUGUUGGCCUGGUGAUCUUGGGAGUGUUCCUCUUCUUCCUCCUGGUUGGGAUUUGUUGGUGCCAGUGCUGCCCACACAGCUGUUGUUGCUACGUCAGAUGCCCUUGUUGCCCGGACUCCUGUUGCUGUCCUCGGGCAUUAUAUGAAGCAGGGAAAGCUGCAAAAGCUGGCUAUCCUCCCUCUGUCUCCAGCGUUCCUGGUCCUUACUAUAUUCCCUCUGUUCCUGUUGGAGGAGUCUCCUCUUCUGCCAUGCUGAUGGAUAAGCCACAUCCACCUCCCUUGGCGCCAAGUGACUCCCUUGGAGGAAGCCAGAGUGUUCGCAAAGGUUACCGGAUCCAAACUGACAAAGAACGGGACUCCAUGAAAGUGCUGUAUUAUGUUGAGAAGGAAUUGGCUCAGUUUGAUCCGGCCAGAAGGAUGAGAGAAAGAUAUAAUAACACCAUUUCUGAACUCAGCUCCCUGCACGAAGAGAAUGGAAAUUUCUGUCAAUCUUAUCGCCAGAUGCGGAGGAAGCCUCUCCCUUCUUUGGGGAACAUGGAGAGUGAUGCAGACUAUUGGACAGGUGUAAUGGGAAACAGUGGUGGGUCAGGACAUGGGCCCUCAUCUUCCAAUUAUAACAAAGAGGAUCGAGACAGCUUCAGGCACAGCCAGCAGCGGUCGAAGUCGGAGAUGUUGUCGCGGAAGAAUUUUGCCAUGGGGAUGCCAGCCGUGUCCAUGGACGAGCUGGCCGCCUUUGCGGACUCCUAUGGCCAGCGGUCCCACCGAGGCGAGGGCAACAGCCAAGAGCCUCGUGGCGGGAGCCGCUUUGAGAGAUCCGAAUCCCGGGCCCACGGCGGCCUCUAUCACGACGGCUCCUUAGAGGAGUAUUACAGCAAAAGGAGCCGCAGCCGCGAGCCCCUGACAGACUCCGACAGGGGCUGGUCCUACAGUCCCCCACGCAGACGGGCGAACGAAGACAAACACCUCCCGCGCCUGGUGAGCCGGACCCCGGGAGUUGGCCAGAAGUACGACCACACCUAUUUGAGCAGCGUGCUAGAGAGGAAGUCCCGGGGCGAGGGCAGCAGCGGCGGGGGGAGCCUCGAGACCCCGUCCAAGCUGAGCUCCCAGCCGCUGCAACGGAGCGGGAGCUAUUACGCCUGGUCGCCGCCGACCACCUACAAAGCGGGGGCUGGACAGCAGCCGCCCUCGCAGCCAGACGAAGAGGACGAUUUGGAAGAUACCUUACCGCCCUACAGUGAACUGGAGCUGACCCGAGGGCCUUCCUACAGGGGCCGGGAUUCCUUGUACCAUAGCAACUCGGAAAAGAAGAGGAAAAAGGAGCUCCCCAAGAAAACUGUGAGACCGUGUCUGGUGGUCCUGAUCCAAGUGGGAUGAGAAGGGGACCGUCAGGCAGGGAACAUUAUGGCUCAUGGGCAGAGUCUGGCACAAAGCCUGUAGUGGAAUGGAAAGAGCUUUGUAAGGGUUGGGUUCCGGGAUUAAAGCGUACAAGUCAUCGAAGUCUGGGGGAACUGGGGAAGGGACUGUCCUAUUUUAUUUAUUUAUUUAUUAUUAUUUUUUGCUGAGACAAUUGGGGCUAAGUGACUUGCCCAAGGUCACACAGCUAGGACAUGUUAAGUGUCUGAGUUCACAUUUGAACUCGGGUCCUCCCGACUUCACUGUGCACCUAGCUGCCCCGACGAUCCUAUUUUUUAAAGGCUCACUCACUAUUCAAGUAUGAAUUGGGGUUCUUAGUGAUGGGUAGAAAAAGAAAAGCAGAAAGUGGUGAGAAGCAAGUCUGGGCGGUAAGAAGGAAAUUUUGAAAUCGUUGAUUAGGAAGAAUAAACACCUAGGAAAAUGCUAACAAAUAUCACAAGAUGCAGCAUUCUAGAAUUUUAUAGUAAAAAUGACUCUUGGAUUUUAGGAACCAUUGCUUCUUUGCAAACUUCCCCACAAGAUUAGUGCAGGCAAUAAAAAGAUAAAUGGAAAAGCUGCUACCAUUAUCAUUAACAACAACAAAAUAAAAAUAUGUAGUUGGUAUAUUUUAGGUUUUGUAUUUCAUCUAGAGCAGGGUUCUUAAUCUAUGUUGUAUUACAGAGCCUUUUGAGAGUCUGAUGAAAGGCUAAGGACUUCUCAGAAUAAGGUCUUUCAAAGCACAAAAAUAAAAUACACAAGAUUACAAAGGAAAUUGAUUAUAUUAAAAUAUCAUUAACUCUAAUAUAUAUAUGUGUGUAUGUAUAUAUUUUUACAUAUAUAUAUAUAUUUUUUAAAGCUUAUGGGCUUCAGAGUAGAAAAUUCCUGUUCUAAAGGAAUUAUUUCCUGUUCAGUUAUCAGUACUGUUUUAUUGUAUAUGUUCCAGUUCAUUUGUCAGUAGAUGCUUUGGGUUAGUUUUUCAGAAGUAGGAAUUGGUUUGUAGUGAGCCAUCCAUACUCUGUUUCUCACCUGAUACUUCAUAUAACCAAUGAUAAGAUAAUGGAAGUAGGAAGUACAUAGGCUAGUCUGUAGCUAAGGAACAAAGCUUUUCUCUUGAGGAAGCUAAGGGGUUUCUCUAAGAAGAACAGUUUUGGAUCCAGCAACUGAGCUAACUGAUCUAAGAUAACAAUCUUGUUAUGAAGAAGAAUUGCAUUGUUAGCUGUGUUCUAGAUGCUUUUUAAUAUAUAGGGAGAAAUCUAGUUCUUCUGUCAGUCAGUCAGUAAACAUUUAUUUUGUUGUUGUUAGUCAUUUCAGUCAUGUCCAAAUCUUCAUGAACCUUUUGGGUUUUUUGGAAAGAUAUUGGAGUGGUUUGCCUUUUUUUUUCUCUAAUUCAUUUUACAGAUGAGGAAACAGGGUUAUGUGACUUGCCCAGGGUCACACAGGUAGUAAGUGUCUAAGGCCAGAUUUGAAUAAUGGGAAAUUAGUUUUUCUGACUUCAGGCCUAGCACUCUAUCCAUUUCUCUACCUACCAGCCCUAAAUAUUUAUUAAGCAUCCACUAUGUGCCAUGUAUCUACUAUGUGCUAAAAGUUGGGAAUACUAAGGUCAAAAACAGACUAUAUUCUCAAGAUGCUCACACUCUAGUUGGGGUGUCAACAUGUAAGCAACUAUCUGCAGACAAGCUGCAUGCAGAAUAAACUAGAAAUAAUCAACAGCAGGAAGCGAUCAAAAUUAAAAGGAAUUGGAAAGGCAUUUCAUAGAAGGUGAGAUUUUAGCUGGGACUUGAUAUAAUCCAGAGAAGCCAGGAGAUGGAGUUGAGGAGAGAGAGCAUUCCAAGUAUGGGGGCAGCCAGAUAAAAUAAGCAGAAUACAGAGAUGGAGUGUCUUGUUUGGGGAACAGUCUUUUCCCAAAUAAUCUGUUUUGUAAGUUUUAUUUAAAGAUUCAUUAACUUUUAAUCUCUCUGUAGCCUAACUUUUCCCUCUCUUAAUUUUUCUCCCUAGAAUGACUUUCCAACCAGGAUGUCUCUUGUGGUCUGAUACUUGUUUUCAAGGCAUCUCUUUGGAUGACUAAAAACGAGGAAGUGACUACAGGGACAAGAAUCUGACCCAAGAGCCAGCAGGCCAUCAGAGAUGGAAGAUGUGACAGUUACCAACUUUGUCUUGAGGAGACUCAUCCCAAAUCAUAAUGUCCAUUGAAUAAGCUCUUCAAGAAAUGAUCAGAAAAACAGCAAAGAUUGGGAUUAUUCCCAUGUUUUUGACCUUAAGUGUUUCACAAAAUUUGUGCUCUAUUUCAUGGAACCAGAACCAAAAUGCUAUUUUCUAGUAUGAAAGAAAGCUAGCUCUUGACCUCUUAUCACCUGAUAUUGCCUCUGUCUGUGGUACACUUUCCACGUCUUGGACACCCCCCUUAGAAUCCCUUUUGACUCAUUUGGACAAGAACAAGAAAGGUGAUUCUUAAUUUUAAGGGGAGGUCUGCUGCUAGCAUUUGAACAUGGCCCUAAAGCAAAAAAAAAAAGUACCCCAUCUCUGUACUAUUCAUUUACUGUAAGGACAAAAUCUUAAGGCCUUUGGAGAUUGCUUAAUGAAUUUGCUCAAAAUCUUAGUAAUGAUGUCAUGCUGGGCAAUGAGACUUCAGUUUGCUGUUCCAAGUGAUGAUUCUUUAGUAACUGGAGCAAAAAAAAAGGGGGGGGGUAACUCCUUUCUGAAAAACUUUAUGAGUUUUGAGAUGUAGGGCAAAGAGCUGGCUUCCAAAGCCGAGAAGAUCGGGGUUCAAGCCUCCUACACAACUGACUCUGUAACUCUGAGCAAGUCUCUUAGUUCUCAGCAUUCCAGUAAGCUCUCUGAGCCCAUAUAUUACAGAAAAAAUGACCUGCAUUUGUAGGAGGAGUCUCUUCACCUUCAUACCAGUGAAAGAAUAAGUUCAGGAUCUAUCCCUUUGGGACAUAUGUGACCCAAAGAUGUGAUUUAACAAUACAAACUGUGUUUUUUGGUUUAUGCUGCUCACUUGAACAUGCAAAUCACCCUGACUUGAGCUAAUAAAGGGCUUUCACUCCCUCUUCCCUUAGCUGGGUAGCAUAAACUAAGAGAAGUACACUACCAGCAGUGAGAGGAUUUUGGUGUCCUUGGGAACCUUGAGAUAACUUUUUGAAAUACAUAAAUGAAACAGGAGAAGAAAGGGAAGGGGAGGAGGAAGAGAUGACAAAGCAAAAAAGAGAAUGAGAAAGAAACUGGGGGAAAUAUAUAUGUAGCAGUUGAGCAUGUUUACCAUUUCCCCACAAAAAUAACAGAAUCAUUGAUGUUUUUUAUACCUUCUUGACCAUGAAUUCUUUUUACCAUCUCAUUUCUGCUAACUCUAAGUCAGCAUUGGAUGGUGAAGAAUAAUUUUUGCAGGGUAAGCAAUCUGAUAAUCUGAAUAAGCAACCAUUUAAUGCUCUGCGAUUAAUGGGUACUUGGUAAAUAUUGCUUUCUUAGCAAGAGGGGAUCUCUUCCUUCCAUCUCUGAAUGAUUAAGUCUAUAUAAAACUCAGUGAGGGUUCCUUUCUUAUUUCUCUGACUAGGAACCUACUUGUAUGGCAGUGAUAAAAGCUAUUAGUUGCUCGCUAUGGAAAUUGAUCCUAACAUAAGAGUCUGAGGUUCUACCAUCCAUCCUUCCUGGAUGAGGGACUGGCCUCCAUAUAACCUGAGCCAUGUAAUUUUGAGAAAGAUUCUCAGUUGAGGCAUGAGAAGGCAGCUAAAAUUUCCUAUUCCAUACAGGAGAAUCUUUUAUCUGGUUGCCUACUUCUAUAAUCAUAUAUCCCAUGCCUUUUUUUUUUUAACUCUGGGUAUUGUAUAACUGCCAUUCAGUUGGAAAAAGUAUUUGAAUGAUUGUUCAGAUAGCCCAUCAACCCUGCCACAUUGGUAGAUUGGUCCAUGUUUAAGUUGGAAUCUCUUGGAAGGGGCAAUCCUACUUGACCUUGAAAUCCCUACCUACUCCUCCCAACCCCCAGAAGGAAUCUCAUUUCCAAACUCAGUAGCUGUGGUCCUGAUUCUGCUGGAUCCCUUCAGAAUCAAUUUGGGCUUCUGCAGAGCUACCUGCCCCAAUUGAGAUAAUUGUUCUCAAAACUGAGGAUAAUGUUCCAUUGGUCUCCAACAUAUUUUAAUAACAUUUCUUAAAAUUGGGUGUUGCAGACAUUGAAACAUAACCAGGUCCAUUUUGGAGAGGUAGGAAAAUAUGUCCUGCACGCCACUUAUUAUAGGAGAAGUAAGGAUUUAUUUCACUCAGAUUUGGACCGUAUCCCUUAGCAGGGUUGGCUUCCCAAAGGACUACAAUGUCACCCUGACCCUCACAGUGGAAUAGGGCAGGAUGCUUACAACACCUCCAAGUUCUGCCAUUCCUGAGAGAUGGAUGGACUUCUUCAAUAACAAGAUCAAAUCAUAAUGCUGGUGCUUGCCUACUCUUCUUCAUCAGAGUCUGACUCGUUCUCAUUGUUGACCUUUGAUCUUUAUUCAGAUGAAAAAGAUGAAGUACCAUUUCUCUGUCAUCUUCUCUGUAGUUUUACUAUUCUUAGACAACCCCAGCUUUAUAUUCUAGCUUGCUUGGGCCCUGAUACAGAUGAAAUUUGGGAGCUACAGUGGCUAUAAUCUCUUUAAACUGAGCCCUAUGUCAGGCUUCACACAAAUCAGAGAAAUAUAGCACUAGCUACAGAGACCAAAAAAAUAUUGUUUUUAUUAGCAGAUGGUAUGUAUGAUUCUUAUAAAGAUUUAAGGAGCAAGGGGAAGAAAACUAUUAUAACUGGAAACCUCUGUUUCAAAAGACUGUAAACUACAUAUAAACAAUAAAAAGAUAAUAAACUGAUAA